GUCAACACCAUGAUCAAGACCCCCAGUGACCAUGUGCUGGACUCCCUGGAGUCGCUGGUGCCCAGUGACUUUGAGAAGUUCAAGUUUAAGCUGAAGAACAGCCUGGAGAAGGAUCACUCCCGGAUCCCCUGGGGCCAGGUCCAGAAUGCCAGGCCAGUGAAGCUGGCCACUCUGAUGAUCACCCACUUUGGGGAAGAGUAUGCUGUGAGGCUGACCCUGCAAGUCCUGAGGGCCAUCAACCAGAACUUCCUGGCAGAGGAGCUUGACAGGGCCAUCAACCCAGAGUAUCUGAUACAAGAAAGUGGCCCAAACAAUUCAACAAUGUCUUAUUCCUCUGGGGAGAAUAAGCCCAAGGGCCUGAGGAUAUCAGAUGGCCUGGAAGGUGAUAGGCAGCGGCAAAGUGGUGAUGGGGCCCUCAGCCUGCCAUCCAGCCAGCAUGAGGCUGGAAGGGGGCCCCAGAAGAAGCCUCAGGGCAAAUGGAGAGGUCAGAAGAGCUCUGAGGGCCUGGAUGUGCUGGGCAAGCCAGGGGCCAGGAGCGUGACUCUGUCCUCCAGGAGAAGCCCACUCUCUGGCAAGCCACAGGUGGAGAAAUGGACUCCUAGUUUCAAGCUACGCAGGAAUGUCAGCUCUUCAGGAAGCCUCCAAGAAGUUGCCUGUGGGUCGGUUACUGGGUCCCUAGGAAGAGUAAAAUCCAGGAUCUCUGAAGAACAUUUACCUUCAGAGCAGAAGCGACCCAGAAGUCUUGAAUUUACCAUUUUUUUGGGAGAGAGAGAACCCCCCAAUCCAGAAACUCUUCUGCCUCAAGAGAAAAUGAGAAGUGAUCAUCCAGACUCAGCAGCCACCCCCAGUGAAGUGGCCACUCUGGAUGGAGGUGCUACUGUGGCUCCAGAGAAAGGCUCCAAGAAUCCAGAACAGUCCAUGAUCCUGAAGGGGGGAGUAUUCAGGAAUACACUUUCCAAUGUAUCACUCUCUGGAGACCAGACGACCUGGGAGCAUCCAGAAUCUACAGGACCUUCAAAGAAAAAUGGAACUGAGGGUCAAGAACCUUCUGAGACCUUGAGGGAGGUGGUAGGCAGUGAGCUCCACCAGGCUUCAGGUCCAGAAGUCCCUCCUUCUUCAGGGAAGCCACAGGAUGAGGCUGUGUAUCCCCUUUGCCGUGCCCAGGAAGGAGAUGAUUCCUGCAGAUACUCCAUUACUUCUAGGUAUCCUAAGACCUCAGGCAAAUGCUCACCCAGCAGCUUCCUAAGCCUGGCCUCACUCACAGUAAAUAACUCUGAAGACUACAAGCAUCAAGAAGGCCUGCAGAUAGCCAGCUUGAGUCCCAAGUCCUUGCCACAGUGUGAGCGACACAUGAAGCAGGUCCAGCUGCUCUUCUGUGAGGACCAUAAGGAGCCUAUCUGCCUCAUCUGCAGGCUGAGUCAGGAACAUCAAGGCCACUGGGUGCGCCCCAUCGAAGAGGCUGCCCUGGAAUACAAGGAGCAAAUUCAAAAGCAGCUGGAGCAUCUGAAGGAGUUGAGAAAAUCUGGGGAGGAGCAGAGAUCUCAGGGGGAUAAGAAGACUGCGAAAUUCCUGAAACAAACUGAAACCCAGAAGCAGAGACUCCGGCACCAGUUGGAGCAGCUGUACCAUCUUCUGGAGGAGCAAGAGAAGCUCUUUGUGGCCUCAAUAGAGGAUCUGAACCAGACCAUUGGCCAGGUCAGGGAGAAAUAUAGCACCCAAGUGUCCAGAGACAUUGCCCUUCUUGACGAGCUGAUUGGGGAGCUGGAGGCCAAACAGUACCAGCCGGAAUGGGAGCUCAUGCAGGACAUCGGAGUCACCCUGCACAGGGUCAAGAUGGCGACUGUUCCUAAGCCAUGGAACACUCCUCCAGAGGUGGAAAAAAAGAUCCACUUCAUCUACCAGAAAUCAGAGUUUGUGGAGAAGAGCAUGAAGUCCUUCCUGGAAACCCUGCGUUCAGAAAUGGACACCUUUAAUGUUCCAGAACUGAUUUGCGCUCAGGCACAUGCCGUUAAUGUGAUUCUGGAUGCAGAAACUGCCCAUCCCAACCUCAUCUUCUCUAAUAACCUGAAGAGUGUGAAACUUGGAAACAAGUGGAAUCGUCUGCCUGAUAAUCCAGCAAGAUUUGAUAGUUGCAUCAUCGCCCUAGGCCUUCCAAGCUUCCUCUCUGGCCGCCAUUACUGGGAAGUGGAGGUGGGAAACAAGACAGGGUGGAUCCUGGGCAUCUGCAAGGCAUCCGCGAGCAGGAAAGGGAGCAUGACUCUAUCACCCGACAAUGGCUACUGGGUGGUGAUGAUGAUGAAGCGGAAUGAGUACCAGGUGUCCACCAUUCCCCCAACACGCUUGCAGAUAAAGGAACCCCCCAGACGUGUGGGCAUCUUCCUGGACUACAAGGCUGGAGACAUUUCCUUUUACAAUGUAACAUACAAAUCCCUCAUCUACACAUUCACCAGUUUCUCUUCUUCUGGGCCCCUUCAGCCUAUGUUCAGCCCUGGAACACAUGAUGGAGGGAAGAACAUGGAUCCUCUGACCAUCUGUCCGGUGGGUGACCAGGGGACUCAGUGA